AUGUCGAAACCAGUCCUCGUUGUAAUCGGCACCGGCUGGGGCGGCUUCACCCUCACCCAAAAAAUCGACCUGACGAAAUACAGUGUCAAGGUCAUUUCGCCCAUUCGAACAAUCCAGUACACCCCGCUGCUGGCCAGCGCAGCAUGCGGGCUAUUCAAUUUCCGUCUGGCGGAAGAACCUGUCAGGAGAAAGCACAGGACGGAGAUGGACUACUACAAGGCCAUCGCGGAGGACAUUGACUUUGAAAAGCGAAUCGUGCGGUGCAAGACCGACGCGGCCACCGCCGGCGAAGACCCAACUGCUUUUGAAGUAAAGUACGACAGAAUCUGCAUUGCGCCAGGAUGCGAAACGCAGGACUUUGGUACGCCGGGUGCAAAAGAGCAUGCUCUUUUUCUGAAGACGACCAACGACGCCCGCUUGAUACAACAGCGCAUUCUCCAAAUGCUCGACAAGGCUUCGCUUCCCACGACUAGCGAACAGGACCAGCGAGAUUACUUGAACAUUCGAAUCGUCGGUGGCGGCGCCAUUGGCAUUGAGGCGGCCGCCGAGCUAUGGGAUCUCUGGUUCGAAGACAUGCGUUUCCUGUUUCCUCACCUCGAUGGCAAGGUGACCAUCACCAUUCACGACGUCGCGUCCAAGAUCCUCUCCACCUUUGAUGCCAACCUGAGCGAGUACGCCACGACUUCGUUGCAAGGCAAACACGUCCAGAUCAAGACCGGAUCGCACAUCCAAAGCGUGGAGGCCGACGCAAUCUUUACCAAAGAGGACGGCCGGCUGCCUUUUGGAUUGCUCAUCUGGGCUACGGGAAAUAAGUCGAGCGCCUUGGUCGAGAAGCUGCCCGUGAAGAAGCCAGCGAGUGGCCUGCCUCGUAUACUGACAGACAAGUUCCUCCGUGUCUUGCGCCCGGACGGGAGUCCGCUGGAUGAUGUCUACGCUCUCGGCGACGCUGCCGAUAUCGAGGGAGAAUCUCUGCCCACGUUGGCUGAAGUAGCUCUGCAGAAAGGCGAGUACCUCACCAGCGUCCUGAACUCGAACGCCGAUCCCGUACCCUUUCAUUACAAGCAGAGAGCGCUUUUGGCCUACCUGGGCCGCCACGAUGGUAUUAUUGGAGGUCGGCAGGAAUGGACUGGGAUGAGCGCAUGGUUGGCUUGGCGUUCGGGUAGUCUUGGGUGGACGAGGAGCUGGAGGAGGAAGAUUAUGAUUUCAAUCAGCUGGUUGUUUAUUUGGCUGGCGGGUCGAGAUAUUGCGAGACCAUAG